AUGGCGAACAUGGCCAUUUCACCUAUUCGAAGUACCGCCACAUCGACGUACACCGGCUCUACCAUCUCCUUGCCCAUCGCUCGCCAGCAGUCUAAUAACAUGGAUGGUAUGGGGGGAGUUGCUGUCAAGAAAGAAGGAUGGGCAUCGGUCAAGGAGAGCAAGAACUUUAUCCAACCUUGGAAACAAAAGUAUUUGAUCCUUCGAAAGGAGUCUCUCGACUUCCACAAAACUGAAGGAGGCAAAGUGUCUUAUACCCUAUAUCUAAAAGAUGUUGUUAAUGUUGGCAGGGUUGAGGCUGCUGGUACCAUUUUUGAAAUCAAAAGAAAGCCCGAUGGCGCUUCGAACAGCCCGGGUGACGACGAUGGCCAAACAAAGACCCUACAUAUCAAAGUCAAGGGAGAUGAUGAACUCUAUGAGUGGAUUGACUUCAUCUACGGCGCGUGCCCUGGCAUGGGUGGCGUGAGCAACCCGACCAACUUUUCUCACGCAGUUCAUGUUGGGUUUGACCCCCAAACCGGCGAAUUUGUCGGUUUGCCGCCUGAAUGGUCGAAACUACUCAAUUCAUCCGCAAUCACGAAGGAAGAUUAUGAGCGCAAUCCCCAGGCUGUAUUUGAAGUACUAGACUUCUAUACCGAUCUUGCGAAGAGAGCCGAAAAUCCCAACCAGUAUUCUAGCAUGACUCCUACUCCUCCAGGGGGCAUGCAACAAAAACAAAUCGGGGCCGCGGCCGGGGCAGGUAUCGCUCCUCCUCGUCCGGCCCCUCCGACACCAACGCAGCGAAACAUGAGUUAUGGUACUACACCUCCCCAAUCUAGCAACGGCCAGCAAAGACGCCCUACUCUCGGGGACCAGCAGCAACAGCGUCAGCAAAUGCAGAACAUGGCUCCCAAUUAUGUAUCUCAGGACGCCCUCAGAGAGGAGCAGCGUAGGAAGCAAAUGGAAGCCCAGCGCCAGCGUGAGGCUGAAGACCGAGAACGCCGGGACAUCGAGGCUUACAAUGCAUCCCUUCCUAAGAACAAGGUGCCCCUCGCCCAGCAAGAGAUUGGUGGUUAUGGUGGUACUUCUGGAGGCUCACCACAUGGCGAUCGAUUCAACCCUACUAGAGCCGCUCCCCCAGCGCCGAAGCUAUCAGGGAGCCCAGCAAAUGGUAUGCGUGCUCAGAGACCAGCUCCUCCCCCACCAUCAUCUACUUCCUCGCCUCGCCCUCCCCAAGCAGCUCAAGCAAGCUCCUCUCGCGACCCUACCGGUCAAUCCUCCAGAAUCCCCCGCAACGACGGUUCGCCAGCAUCUAGAAAUCCAAAUGGUACUCAGUCUCAGCCAAGACAACCGCAGCCGGCGCAAGGUGUGUCACGCUUGCCAGCUCCUGUCAAGCCGCUGAACGUGGCACCUAAGCCCAGCCAGGCUCACCCAGCGGAGGGAAUCAAGGCUGCCGAAGCAGCCCUCACCGCCAAGCCCUCACCGUCGGAGCGCAAGCAAGACGUACGCAUGUCGACAAUGUCGGAAAAUGAGGUCAUGGCCAAACUCAAGGAAGCUGUGUCAAAGGAUGACCCCAACAUGUCAUACUCUAAACAGAAGAAGAUUGGUCAAGGGGCUUCUGGCUCCGUGUAUGUGGCCAAAAUCAAGGAGACUGCUCAGGGUGUUGCCCGAGAGGUCCUGCGGCAACAGGGUGCCCGAGCACAAGUCGCCAUUAAGCAGAUGGAUCUUGCCCAUCAGCCAAGAAAGGAACUGAUUGUAAACGAAAUCAUGGUCAUGAAGGACAGUCGGCACAGAAAUAUUGUCAACUUUCUAGAUGCUUUCCUACGAAACAGCAAUCAGGAACUUUGGGUUGUUAUGGAGUAUAUGGAAGGUGGUGCUCUGACGGACGUCAUUGACAACAACCCAUCCAUUUCUGAAGAGCAGAUUUCGACCAUUUGUAAUGAAACCUGCCACGGAUUACAACACCUUCAUUCUCAAAGCAUUAUCCACCGAGAUAUCAAAAGUGACAAUGUUCUGCUGGAUGCUCGGGGAAAUGUUAAAAUCACUGAUUUUGGAUUUUGCGCCAAGCUCACAGAGACCAAGUCGAAGCGAGCCACCAUGGUUGGAACACCAUACUGGAUGGCGCCAGAAGUUGUCAAGCAGAAGGAAUAUGGCCCCAAAGUCGAUAUUUGGUCAUUGGGCAUCAUGGCCAUUGAAAUGAUCGAAUCUGAACCGCCAUAUCUCAACGAGGAGCCUUUGAAGGCUCUAUAUUUGAUCGCCACUAACGGAACCCCUCGCCUCAAGAAGCCCGAAAAGUUGAGCAAGGAGCUCAAGGCAUUCCUCUCAGUCUGUCUUUGCGUAGACGUCAAAAGCCGUGCUUCGGCUGAUGAGCUGCUGGCACAUGACUUUCUGAAAUACGGGUGCCCACUGGGCAGCUUAGCAGAGCUCUUGGCGUUUAAGAAGCAUGCGAAAUAA